AUGAACAUUGAAGGUCAUGCCAGAAACUUUGAAGCAUACGAACUACCAGCAAUGUUAGAUAAGAAAGCUGACAAAACUUAUGUAGAUGAAAAUUAUGCAAAGAAGUCGGAAGUAAAUGAUGCGCUUAAUGGAAAAGCUGAUAAAGAGCACGUGCAUGAAGAAUUUCAAACAAUCAGGAUUAAAGAAAUUAAAGCAUACAUUGAAGAAGUAACAAAAACAGGAAGAGACGGUACACCUUUAGUUGAACAAAAUAUUUAUCCUCCUACUUUUCCUAAUGGUUUAAUAACAAACAAUAUAAAUAUUGUAGAUGGCAAUGGAUUUAUAAAUGUUAAACAUGAACUUCAAACAAUGAAGACUCAGAUUCUUCAAACCAUAUAUCCUAUAGGCUCUAUUUAUACGUCAAUGAACUCAACAAAUCCCGCAAGUGUUUUAGGUUUUGGUACGUGGCAGUAG